AUGGAGGAGUCGUCGAUGCAGCUCCGGGCUUCACAGGCCACGGCUGAGAAGGAGCACGUCAAGUUAAAGAUCGAGGCUCUGAAACGGACUCUGGACAGCCACCUUGUGCGGCUCAACUCCGUCCUCAAUGGUCCCGAUGUCAACUUCGACCGCUUGGCAUCUGCCAUUCAGGCGUUGGACGUGGAUGUGCGAGCCAAGCUGGCCGAGAGCGGUGAUCUGCUCGAAGCAGUACCCUCGGAUGGCACCUACGAGGUCUUGCGAAACAGCCUCAACGAGACUCAAAAGCGCUGCAAGGACCUGAACGAUGAAAUGCUGCGCGUGGCUGAUGCCAACGAGGAGCUUCACAACUCGCUGCGAUCACUGAAGGCGACGAACCGCCGGCUCGUGGAGGAGGUGCAGAAGCAAACCGAGGAGCUGUCCACGCUGACGCAGCAGCGGCUUGGGGACAUGGAGAAGCUCUCGAAGCAAGAGGAGACCUUCAGCCGUGAAAAGGCCACUUGGGCGCAGGAAGCCCAGCGGACGCUUGAGGCGGAGCAGCGUCGCCUCGACGAGGCCUUCACGGAGAUGCAAGAGGCAUUGACUGGACGACUGGACUCCUGCUGGCGCAAGGCCGCCACGGCCAAGGCCAAGGCCGAGGGGCUGCGGGGCAGCCAGAGACAGUUGAAGUCCGACGUCCAGUCCUUCGCCCAUGCGUUCAGCCAGGGGCUGAAGGCAGUUGAGAGGGAGCUCCUGGAGAGGAUUGCGGCCGAAGAGAAGAAGAUGCGGCUCGAGCUCAACCGCUUGCAGGAUCUUGAGCAUGGCUUAGAGGUGAGGAUCAAGGCCGAGAGAGAGGUGCGGUCCAACGAGGUUCAGUCUUGGAGGAGCCGCCAUGCAGCCCUGGCCACUGACCUCGAGGCUCUCAUCACUCGGCGUGACCAAGAGGUCUUUGAGCUCCAGUCGAAGGUCAAUCUGGCCAUCAGCAAUCGAGAAGCGCAGGAGUCCUCGGCGAAGCAGGAGCGCGCUGCUCUGCAAGAGAAGGCGGAGGCCUUGUCGAAGGAUGUGGCGUUGGUCGAGGCGGUAUGUUCUAGGACCUGCCUGGUGAAAGCUACGACUGCGCGGCUGGUCACGUAUGUUGAUGGGCUUCUCCGAUUAGGCUGCACCGCCUGGACUGCCCUGCGGAUGCAGUGGGCGGAGUGUUUCUAUGUCUCGGGCAACGCUGGCUUUUGCAAGUGCGAGGGCAAAGACCCCUCGGAGGAGGCCUUCCGUCGCUGCGAGGAGGAGCAGCGGCCUUUCCUGCUCUCGGGCUUCGCCGGCCUGGAAUUCUUCUCCUGGUGGCGCGACGAGGUUUUACGGCGCUAUGGCGACGAGGUGGUGUACUUCGUCGAGGCAUGUGGCUUGACCUCGAGACGCGCGCUGAUGGAAAGCUCCUUGAAGGUCUUCGCCGCCGAGUGCGAGAAGCUUUCUGACCGAAGCAGAUUCGCAUACCUUCAGAGCGAGAUGGUCUCUGAGAAGGACCCUCAGCUGGUCGAGCUGCUUUGGCGCAACCUCCCGGGUGUGCUACCCACAGGCCCUGACAAGGAUGUCUUCCGCAGCUGGCCCAUGAAGCUGGCGCCCGCCGCGCUGUCCCUGCUUGUGGCGGGUGCCGGGGCGCGGACGCCCCUGCGGAGGUCUGGCCUCGAAGCACCACAGUGGUUCCUGUGUCUCACUGGCCGCAUGCGGCUGAAGAUGCUGCCCGACGAGAGGUGCGAGAGCGGCCGCCUGGCGCCCCUUGCCCCGAAGCAGGAGGCCUUCGGCCUCGUGGACGAGGCUGGGAAGCCUCUCUUCACCCUCUGCGAGCACCGCGUCAGCGAGGUCGACCUCUUCGCUGCGGAGAGGCUUGAGCCCAGUGCUGCAGCGGAUCUUGAUGCUUUUGGCCCGGACUUGGCGCGCUUUCCCGAGGCAGCGACCCUCCCAAAGGCCUUGGAGGUGCUGCUGCUUCCAGGGGAGCUGGUGGUGGUGAGCCCUGGCUGGUGGGUACAGUGCUACUGUGAUGAGGCAUGCUGGGCCGUGCACUCCCAGUACGCCCGGGGACCAGGACUCGAGAGGCUGCUCGACUCGAUGCUGAGCUUCGCGGCUGUGCCCAAGGAGGAGAUCUUUGGCUUCGAUGCGCUGCCUCCCGCGGAGAAGGCGGACGUGGCCCUGGCGGCGGUGCUCGAGCAAAGCGGGAGAGGGCCCGGCCGGACCCUGCUGGCGAGGCUGAGGAGCCUGGACGCAGCGCAGGGGGUCGAGAAGAAGGCUCCUGUUCCCUCGGCCGGCGGCGGCUGUGGCGUCUGCGGCCGCCCGGCCACCACGAGGUCAGAGACGCUCGUGGCCAGAACAUCGCAAGGUAUGCGUGGCACCGCGGAAGAAAAAUUCGCAGCGAUGAUUCAGACCGCCCGACGGAAGGCGAGUCAGCUGGAGGGACGGCUGGCCUUGGUCCAAGGUGAACGAGAUCGUCUCCAGGCCUCUGUGGACACUCUGCGCCAGCGGGUGCACGACUCCGACGAGGCUCUGGGGGAGGCCGUGCGCAGCAACGAGGCUCUUCGGCAGCAGAUGGAAGUCCAGCGCCUUGAUGCGCAGACGGCCAAUGAGCAGGACCUGAAACUCUGCCGGGAGAUGUUCCAGCAGCGGAUGGACACGCAGGCUGGCCACCACCAGGCGGAGCAGGUCGACCUUCGAAGCCGAAUUCGCGGUCUCGAGGACGUGGUCGGGCUCAAAGCAGGCAAGAUCCAGGUGCUUCGGGAGGCCCUGGCCGAGAAGAGCCAGGUUCGCGAGUCCCUGCAGCGGGAUGUGGCCAUGUGGAAGGCUCAGCAUGAGCUGGCGGCCAAGAUGCGAGCGGACGUCGAGAAGGAUUACGAAUCCUUCAAGGAGGAGUUCUUGGGCCGAAAGCUUCGCGAGAAGCAAGAGGAGCACCAGAUGCUGCUCGCAAAGCAGGCCGACUUGGAGUCCCGAAGAGCGGAGUUGGCCGAGGAGGCGCAGAAGCUGGACCGCGAGUGCCAGGAGCGGGAGCAGGCCGAAGCGCUGCGCGCGCAGAGCGUGGCGGAGCUGCGGAGGGAGGUGGUGGCCGAAGCCGAGCGGACAAAGUCCAACCUCCUGGAGGUGGAGAAUGCCCUUGCGUCUGCAAAAGCGGAGGCAGCUGCAGCGCAGCAGCAGCUCAGCGAGCGCAAGGACAGCCUCGAGCAGGAGCUGGCUCGGCUUACCAGCGAGUGCGAUGCUGAGCGUCGGGAGCUCGAGCGGCGGAUCCAGGCAGAGAAAGCCAGCUGCGAAAGCCUCCAUCAGGAGGCAGAGAGACUCCGGCAAGAGCAAGCGGCUACUUACAAGGCAGCGAUGGAGGUCCCAUCGGAGCAGCUGCUGACCUUGGAGGGCUCAAUUUCGGAAAUCCAGCACUCGGCGGAUCUGGAGCUCUCCAGCCUCCGGCAGAAGUCCGAGAAGCUCCGUGUUCGCACGGAGGAACUAGAAGCGGAGCUGCAGCGAAAACAGGCGCGGCUGGCGCAGACCGAGCAGGAGGUGCAGGAGGGUAGCCGGCGCUUGAACGCCCUGAAGGCAAAGAACCGACAGAGCGUGGAAGCGCUUCAGAAGGAGAAGUCGCGGAAGGCUGAGGAGCUUCGGCAGCUCCAGCGCUCCAUCGCCGCCAAGUCCUCGCGCCUCCAAAAGGCCGAGGCCCGGCGCAGCCCCCCAAGGAGGAGCCCGGAGCCUGCCAGGCCUUCGCCGGCCUCAGGGCGCUUCACCCGGCCGGGGGAGGACCUGACGACCUCAUUCGACCGAAGCCGAUGGGACAGCCUGCUGAUGGAGGAUACCGAUCUCCGGAGGUGCCUGAACGAACAGCGUUCAACCACACGGCAGCUGCAGGAGAUGGAGAAAGGCCUGCACCGGUCUUUGGCCAACAUGGAGGACCGCGCGUCCGACUUGCGGCGGGGACUGCGGCAGCCCUAA